GCCGAAUAAGAACCUCGUACAAAUCGCCCGCCAUUACAGAAACAAAGACAGCUCUCUUCUCUUUCGUUAUUUCCAAAGCUUUGUCGAAAACAUCGAACUUCUCCUCCCCACCCCCCACCGACCCGUGACCCACCACCACCCACAUUGUGAUCUCUAUAGAUACACUUUAUAUACAAAGCAGAACUACUUUUCUUGCAUUUCAUUAAUUUCUUGUUUUAUUGGAAAAUCAAUGGCUUUCUCUGCUACAGGAUCGGCUCUUAUGGCCCUUAAAUCAGAGGGGAGAAUCACAACGCCUGACAACAAAAUCUGUAAUUUUCUGCAACCAUUUAGGCUAAUUCAGCUCCAGCCCAGAAAUUACUCCAGCUUGCAGUGCAGAUCAAACAGCAAAAACUCAUUUUCCUCUGUUGUAAAAGCACAAGCUAUCACAGUUGAACAAGCAGCGGCACAAGUCACUUCUAAAACUGAGGCUCCUGUUGUUAUUGUUACUGGAGCUUCCAGAGGUAUCGGUAAAGCAAUUUCAUUGGCUCUGGGGAAAGCUGGAUGUAAGGUUCUUGUUAAUUAUGCAAGGUCAUCAAAGGAGGCUGAAGAAGUUUGCAAAGAGAUUGAGGCAUGUGGUGGCCAGGCUCUUAGUUUUGGCGGAGAUGUUUCCAAAGAAGCAGAUGUGGAAGCUAUGAUAAAAACUGCAGUUGAUGCAUGGGGAACUGUAGAUGUUUUGAUAAAUAAUGCAGGUAUUACAAGAGAUGGCUUAUUGAUGAGAAUGACUACUAAACAGUGGCAAGAGGUUAUCGAUCUAAAUCUAACUGGCGUAUACCUUUGUACACAGGCGGCAGCCAAGAUUAUGAUGAAGAAGAAAAAG